AUGUUACCCGAAGCUCCUCUACAAUCUCAGAGAUGUGGCGGCGGCUCCAUACGGAGAGUACUGGCGGCAGUUGAAAAGUAUAUGCGUCCUUCAGCUGUUGAACAAGCCACAAGGAUUUCAUUUGGGAGGAAGUAUGAUGAUGGAGAGAAUGGGAGGAGAUUCAGACAUCUAGUGAAAGAUUUUUUGCGAUUGUUAGGAACGAUGAACAUCGAAGAUUUUCUUACCGUUGCUCGGUUGGAUAUUCACAAGGUGAACGGUACGUUUAGCGACAUAACUAGGGUGGCCAAGGAGAUGGACGAGUUCUUAGAUGAGAUAAUCGAAAAGAAGAUGAAAGAAAAUGGAGAGAGGAAUCAAGAAGCUGGUGUAUUCAUUGACAGAGAUAGCGUGAAAGCCAUAAUCUUGGAUAUAUUCUUAGGUGGAACAAAUACAACAUCUAUCAUUUUAGAAUGGGCGAUGACAGAAUUACUGAGGCACCCGGAAAACAUGAAAGAGUUGGUGACAGAGGUGAGAAAAAUUGCUAAUGGAAAAACUAUGAUAACAGAAGAAGAUAUACAAAACAUGCCUUACUUUAGAGCAUUCAUUAAAGAAACUCUAAGAUAUCACACUCCAUUCCACUCCUCCCCUUACGAUUAG